CUCACAUCCCCCCUAGCCCCCCACCUCCCCCAUCUCCCCUGCCAGCUCUGCCCGCUUCUUGGCUCUUUGCUCCACGAGAGGAGCACGCGAUGGACGCCAGUGCGGCGUCGGCGGCGGGCGCGAGGGGCGUGGCGGCGCUCCUCGUCGCCGCCCUCCUGCUCGGCGCCCCCGUCUCCGCGUCGGCCGCGUCCUCGUACCCCGCAAAGGUUCUGGGCGGGCUCCUGACCAGCACGGCGACGGCGGUGGCCAAGAAGCUCUGGUCACUCAAAUCGACCGCCAGGACGGCGACGGCGGCGGCGGCGGCGGCGUCCGGGAGGUCGAUGGUGAAGUACGAGGGCGGGUACGCGGUGGAGACGGUGUUCGACGGCAGCAAUCUGGGGAUCGAGCCGCACUCCGUCGAGCUCACCCCCGCCGGCGACCUGCUCCUGCUCGACUCCAUGAACAGCAACCUCUACAGGGUCCAGCUGCCGCUGUCCCGAUAUAGCAGGCCGAAGCUUGUCGCUGGUUCGCUUGAAGGAUUAUCUGGUCAUGUUGAUGGGAGGCUCCGAGAGGCCAAGCUGAACCACCCUAAGGGAUUUACAGUUGAUGACAGGGGCAACAUUUAUGUUGCAGACGCUAUGAACAUGGCAAUAAGAAAGAUCAGUGAUACAGGGGUCACAACCAUUGCUGGGGGGAAAUCAAUGAGAGGUGGGCACAUGGAUGGACCCAGCGACGAUGCAAAAUUUUCAACCGAUUUUGAAAUCCGCUAUAUCAGCAGUAGCUGCUCCCUCUUGGUCAUUGACAGAGGAAACCAAGCAAUUCGGGAGAUCCCACUCCAGCCUGAUGACUGUGAAUAUCAGGAUGAAGCUGGUUUCCCUCUAGGUGUUGCCUUGCUUUUUGCUGCUGGUUUCUUUGGUUACAUGCUUGCGUUGCUCCAGCGCCGUGUUUUAGGAAUGGUCUCAGCAACAGAGGAACCUCAGAUGCCUCCAAGACCAAGCAAUGCAAGCAUCCCUCCGUAUCAGCCAUACCAACCAUACCAGCAGCCAUUCAAGCCUUCGUUUCGCCCGCCGCUGAUCCCGAAUGAAGACGAAGCUGGGAAACAUGAAGCUGAAGAGGGAUUCUUCACCUCAGUGGGCAAGCUCAUGGGAGGAGCAAAAUCAUCCGUGGCAGACAUGUUCUCCCGAAAGAAGCGCCCGGCAAGACAGCACCAUCAGCACCACCAGCAGCCAAGAGGUAGCCAUUGGCCAGUGCAAGAAAGCUACGCCAUCCCGCACGAGGAGACGCCUCCGCCGCUGGACUCGAGAGGGCCAACCCCUCAGAAGAACUACGGCUUUGUGACGACGGAGCCUGAGAAGGCUCACCACGUCCGGCACGGGCAGCCCUAUCUCGGCGGCUGGGAUGCACGCGGCCCUCAUCAUCAGCAGCAAGUGUAUCCCCACCACCAGCAACAGCAGCAGCACAGACAGCAGCUGGAGCAGCAGGUGUACCGGCAGCAGCAGCAGCACAGGCAGCCGCCGGAGCAGCAGGCGUACCACCUGCAGCAGCACCAGCACCAGCAGAGGCGGCAGCCGGAGCAGCAGAUGUACCAGCUGCAGCAGCACAGGCAGUACUCCUCCGGGCCGCAGACGUUCUACGAGCAGAGCUGCGAGACGACGAACGAGGUGGUGUUCGGCGCGGUGCAGGAGGUGGACAGCAAGCGGCGCAUGGUGGAGAUCAAGGCGGUGAACUACGGCGACACCUUCUACGAGCAGUACGGGAUGCGCUACCGCAACAACUACAUCGGCUACAACAGCAACAACUACUGACUGACUGACGAUCCACCCUUCCAUUUACAUUGUCCUUCUUCGUUUCUAUUGCUCUUUUGCUUCUUUGUCAGUAGUACAUGGUCGGUUAGAUUUACCGCUAGUUCUUAAGUCCCUUGUCUUCUUCGUUCCUCGAGGGCUCAAGGAAUGUAAUGCAACGGGAGGAAAAGAGGAAGUAGAAAUUGGUAGUCUCAUGCCUUGCUUAGAUUGUGCAAUGGGAAAGCUGGGGUUUUGGUAUUGUACACUGAUGAAUGGUGAUCACAGAUUUCUGGCCUUCUUUAUGUAUGUAUAGCACUAAAGUCUCA